AUGCCGCCAUCGACAAGAGCUGGACAGACGGGAAGGGGCGAUGAUGAUCAAACGACCACAAGCAAUGGACAGGAGGAAGGAUGGCUCACGCAGGUAGUCAGGAUCCUCCAGCUGGCGAACCCGGCACUAUCGGCAGAGGAAGCAAUAGUACGGGCCAUGGGUCUGGUCAACAUUAGCAACCAAGCUCCACGCAGGGAGACCGAAAAGAUCCCCAAGGACGUAUCGAGCUCCAUUGCUCACAUCAAGAAGCUCAGCGAUAGCAAUUGGCACACCUGGGAACCCACCUUUAUCGACUGCCUUCAGAGAGUGCACAACGCGAAGGAAAUCCUGUAUGGUACCGUUGUACCCGGGAGCGAGGAAUACGAUGAAGACCUAGACAAGGCACUCGUGGGCCUCAUCCACGCCUGCUGCGAUAACAGCCCGGAUAGCCGCAUCGACACCUACACCGUCAGAGGGGUGGAUGAAGAAGUUCAACUUGGUAGCACACUCUAUGCCAAACUCAAGAAGGCACUAACACUAAACGACGCUGUAAAGCGAGCAGGACUGCAGGAUCGUAUCCACACAGUGCGCUUGCACGAUCGAGACAUUGUCAGACUAGGCAAGGAACUUGAUUCGAUCUGGAAUGAUGUGGCAUGCCUCAGAAAGCGUUUCGACGAGGACCUCAAGAAAUCAACUCUCUAUCGCUGCACGGCUCAAGAUUGGUUCUACGCCAACACCGUCGAUGCACUGAAAAUGGCCAGACCAGACUGCAAGUAUGACGAAGCCUACCAUGCACUGGCCAAGAAACAGCAGGAUGGUGAGAUCACUGGUUGUAUUAGAGGAGCAGCAAGGGUUGCCACAAACGCGGAACAGGGGAGUGCCAACCAGGCGGAGCAAGGACCCAGGGGGAGGCGCGAUCCUCGCAAUCCCUUGGCCCCUCCAAAGUGCUACGCUUGCGGAGGACCAAAUCACAUUGCUCGAAAUUGCACAAAUGCACGAGGCACAAGCGAACCUGUCGCUCUCGACAGGGGUGAGCGAUCAGCAUGCGACACCUGGAUCAUCGAUUCAGGUGCAACCCAUCAUAUGGUAAAUGAUGAGAGAAUGCUGCUCACCUCAACGAACAAGGUUGGCCAAAUCAGUAUGGCAGGGGACGAAAAGCUUCAGGUGAAGGCUAUAGGAGAUGCCUCCCUUCAGGUUGGUGAGGCCACCAUCCAACUAUUGGAUGUGCUUUAUCAGAACGAUGGUACCCAAGUACAAUUCAAAAGGGACAGAAGACAGGGCCACUUCAAAGUGCGAGGACAAGCACUGGCUUUGGAACUGGAGGAAACACGAGAUGGCGUCCCAGAGGACAACCAGAACACAGGAAAACUAGAUAAUGCCCCGGAGGGCAAUAAGGACACGAAGCAUCGAGACAGCUACCUAUGGCAUGAGAGGUUCGGACACCCAGGACGAGACAAAACGAGACAAAUCUGGGCCCAUUACCUAGGUACCGACGAGGAAAUGGAACAUGAGUCGAAGCACUGCAACGUGUGCAGUCAAGGAAAACAGACUCGAGCACGGAUGAGCCAAUCAGAGUCGGAAAGAAUGGAGGCACCAUUAGAGCUGGUACAUGUAGACCUGAUGACAGAUUUCAAAGGACAUGCCAACUACCACUACGCACUAGUUGCUGUGGACAACUUCUCCUCUCUGAUCUAUGUGGAACCACUCUGCACAAAGAGUGCCGCACUCACGGCGCUGAGAAGGUGGAUAGCCAGGAUGGAACGGGCAAUGGACAGGAAACUCAAAACACUCUGCAGCGACAAUGGAGGAGAAUGGUGCAGCAUAGCAGCCGAAGACUGGCAAACUCAAGAGGGUUUUAAGUGGCAAAAGAACGUCCCGGGGAUCAGCAUCCAAAAUGGACGGGCGGAGAGAGCAAUCAGAUCGGUCCAAGAAAAGAUGCGCUCGAUGCUGAUUGGUCAAGCUUGCUCUAGAGAGUUGUGGCUGUACGCAAUCACAGCAGCAGCACACGUGAUGAACCUUACCCCGUCAGCCACCAAAACCAUUCCCCACGAGGCCUUUUAUGGAACCACCGUGCACAAGCUGGCCCAGCAACUGCGAGUCUUCGGAUGCUUGGCAUGGGUUCAUGUUCAACAGAAGGACCAGCAAGGCAAGCACGGAGCUAGAGCAAAGCCAGCCAUCAUGAUUGGGUAUGACGACGAACACAAAGCAUGGAAGUUUUGCAACCCGGACCAGCCUGCGUCAAUUCAAUGGAGCAACUCAGCAAUGUUCCAUGAGGACAAAGGAUGGAGUGAUCGCCAACAAGAGGCAGUCAGGCCCGUGGUGACCAUGGAGGUCGAGGAGGAGGGUGUCAUGCCAGCCAUAGUAGAGGAGGAGACCAGAUCAGAGGCCGCAGUGGAGGAUCUCCCACCAGCCAUAGACAGCACAGUGGGUGCCGCCAACACAGCAAUACUGAACCUGGACCCAACGCUUGGGGAAGCAAUGAAUGGUGAGGACGCCCAGCUCUGGAAGGAGGCAAUACGAAAGGAGCUAGAAGGACUUGAGGCAAUGGGGACUUGGGAGGUGGUGCACCAACCACCAGGAGUACCACUUGUGGACUCUAAGGUUGUGCUUCGGCUGAAGCUUGACGCUGAUGGUGUACCUGUUAAGCACAAAGCGCGACUGGUUGCAAGGGGCUUCACACAGAGAGAGGGGAUCGACUACCAAGAAACCUUCUCUCCAGUAGCACCCCUCGGAGCGAUCAGAGCCAUCUUAGCACUAGCAGUGCAGAACAACUGGGAGGUACAUGCUCUGGACAUCACUAUGGCUUACUUGAACUCCACGUUAAAGGAAGCAAUCUACAUGAAGCCGCCAGAAGGAUCAGGAGUAGCACCCGGCAAGGUGUACAAGGUAGAGUGCGCUCCCUGCAUCUACACCAAGGGACAGGGUGAAGAUAUGGCCAUUGUGGUCAUCUACGUCGAUGAUACAUUAGUCAUAGCACCACGGCUGGAAACGGUCCUAAAGGUUAAGAAGCAGAUUGGUCAGAGAUGGAAGAUGGAAGAUAGUGGUGAGGUCUCUCACUUCUUGGGCAUCAAAAUCAGUCGAGACCGUGCAAUGCGCACCAUGACGAUUGGUCAGUCAGGGUACAUUGACCAAGUGCUGGCAAAGCACUUAGACAAACGCACGAAGCUGACCAUGGUUCCAAUGCAGAGCAUACCGGAGGGAACCCUUGUCGCAAGCGCAGCACAACAGAAGGAGUAUCUGGUGAUUGUUGGCAAGCUGCUCUGGGUUGCCAACAGCACCCGGCCCGACCUUAGUCUCACCGUGGGUGUUCUCGCUAGGCACAUGCGUGAACCAUUGCAGGAGCAUUAUCAGGCAGCACAAAGGGUCUUACGCUACCUCGAAAGCACAAGGCAGGUUGGAUUGGUUUAUAGGGCAAGUGAGUCGCAAGAGCCACUGGUUGCACACAGCGAUGCAAACUGGGCAAGCAAUGCCACCAUACAGAGAAGAAGCACAUCGGGGUCAGUGGCGUUAGUGUACAGGAACCCAGUAGCCUGGAAGUCAGCGACACAAAAAUGCAUGUCAUUGUCCGCUGUCGAGGCAGAGUUCAUUGCAGCCACGGAAGCAACACGUGAGGUGCUCUUCCUCAAGCAGCUGCUACGCUCAAUUGGCAUUGCCACAGGCACACCGACGGUCUACUCGGACAACACUGGUUGCAUACAGGUUAGUAAGGACCCAGCACAGCACUGGAAGCUUAAGCACAUCGACACCAAGUAUCACUUCGUCCAUAACAACGUACAAGAGGGAAGGGUGCAGAUCAAGUACGUAGACACCACAAGAAACUUGGCAGACGUACUCACGAAGCCCAUUGGGAGGCAGGCAAUGCAGCAAGCAAGAUCUGGGCUACAUCUGCAAAUACCGGCAGCAGUGUACGGAACGGGGUCCCCGAGCUAUGCGACAGUGUUGAAGAAUGGAGGUCACACCUUGAAGCAACAGCAUAAUGAACAGGGUACAUAUGCUGUUGAGGGGGGGAGUUGA